AUGCCGAGAGCGCAAAGAGCACGCAUUAGCAGAAGAACUGCCAAUGCAACUCGAAUGUAUAACAGUAGGCAACAAAAUAACACACCAGAACGUUCUCAAACACGUGCUCAAGAGCAACGUAACGCUUUGAGUAUGAAAUCAGCGUUUAAUUAUCAAUCCGAGAUUGAUUAUUUAAAUAUUAAAGCGCUUCAAAUUGGACGAAUGACUAUAUUAUGUCCUAAGUGCCAUGCAAAAAAAUGGAAAGAUGAAACCCAUGGACUUUGCUGCGCUGACGGUAAAGUUGUUUUACACCAAUUUGAGGAUCUUCCAGACCUAAUUAAAAGUUUAAUUGAUAAUUCUCACCCUCUAUCAAAACAUUUCUUUAAUAAUUCUAGACGGUAUAACACUAUGUUUCAAAUGACAUCGUUUGGAGCAAACGAAAUAAGUGAAGGGAACUUCAUGCCCUCUUUUAAAAUUCAGGGUCAAGUGCAUCAUUUAAUAGGUAGUUUAUUACCCAAAAUUGGAAAUAAUGCUAAAUUUUUACAAAUAUAUUUUAUGUCAGAGUCGGAUCAAAUAUAUAUUCGAACAAAUAUGAUUCCAAAUUUAAAAAGAGGUCUCAUUGAAUCAUUGCAAACAGUUUUGCGUGAAAAUAAUCACCUCAUACAGAGCUUUAGAUCUAAUCUGGAGUCGAGGUCGUUUGAUGAGUUGCAAAACUUUAAGUUAAUUAUUCAUGCUGACAGAGUUCCUCAAGAUGAACAUAGAGGUCAAUAUAAUGCACCUACCAUCGAUGAAGUAGCUGUAUUAUUAGUUAAUGAAGAUAAAGGUCCCAGAGAUAUAGUUCUGCAUGGUCGGAGUGGACACUUGAGUCGAGUUUCCGAAUUGAAUAGAUCUUAUGAUGCACUGCAAUAUCCAUUGAUGUAUACUAGAGGCGAAGACGGUUAUCACAUUAAUAUAUUACAGGAAAAUAACCAAAAUCGAACCAAAACUGUAUCCUGCAUGCAAUUUUAUUCUUAUAGGUUUAUGGUUAGAGAAACAAGUCUAAAUCAUCUACAUUAUUACAAAACAUUAUUCAGCCAAUUCGCCGUAGAUAUGAUGGCAAAAAUGAUUUCUGAAAGACUACACUUUAUUCGUAACCAUCAAAAACAACUACGUGCGGAUGAUUAUGUUCACCUCCGAGAUGCUGUUAACAAUGAUGCAAAUAUUAAUGCUAAUAACGUGGGGCAACAAGUAAUUCUUCCCUCCUCUUUUACUGGCUCCCCACGUUACAUGCAUGGAAAAAAUCAGGAUGCCAUGACUUAUGUUCGUAAAUUUGGCCGUCCAGAUUUAUUUAUUACUUUUACAUGCAACCCGGAAUGGCCGGAAAUAAAAAAUGAAUUAUUUCAAGACCAAAAGUCGUUUGAUAGACACGAUAUAAUCUCUAGAGUUUUUCAUCUCAAAGUAAAAAAUGUUGAAUGGCAAAAACGAGGUUUGCCACACUGCCUCAUUCUUUUGUGGUUACAAACGAAAAUUCAGCCAGAUGAAAUUGAUAAAAUUAUUUCUGCCGAGAUACCAAACAAAGACAGAGAUCCUAUACUUUAUGAAAUAGUAUGCAAGAAUAUGAUUCAUGGCCCAUGCGGCGAGUUAAAUAUUAGAUUGCCAUGUAUGAAUAAUGGAAAAUGUAGUAAGAAAUACCCUCACAAAUUGGUCAGGGAUACUCAAACUGGAGAUGAUGGUUAUCCGACUUACCGACGGAGAUCACCAGAUGAUGGAGGUUAUACUGCAAUAUUAAAAGUUCGUGGUCAAACAGAAAUCGUGGUUGACAACCGUUGGGUUGUACCGUAUUGUCCAGUGCUAUCUAGGUGCUUUAAUGCGCAUAUUAACGUAGAAUACUGUCAUUCGGUUAAAGCGAUAAAAUACAUAUGUAAACAUAUUAAUAAGGGAUCAGAUAGAGCUACUUUUUCUGUUAAUCGUGAAAACGAUGAGAUUACAAAUUAUUUGAAUGGUCGAUACAUAUGUACUUCUGAAGCGUUUUGGAUAAUUUUCAAUUUUGAUAUCCAUGAUAGAGAUCCAACAGUUCAGCACUUGGCUGUUCAUCUAGAAAAUGGACAGCGUGUUUUCUUUAAUGCUAAUAAUCUUCAUCAAGUUAUUGGAAAUCCAAGAAAAACGACACUAACUGCAUUUUUUGAACUGUGUUCACAUGAUGAUUUUGCGAAAACACUGUUCUAUCAUGAAGUUCCUUCUUAUUACACCUGGGAUAAUAGCAGAGGCUGGUUAAAGAGAAGACGGGGAAAAGAUGUUCCAGGUUGGCCAGGAAUAAAAAUGGACACUGCCAUUGGUAGAAUUUAUACGAUUCACCCAAAUCAAAGUGAGUGCUACCAUUUAAGAUUGUUACUAAAUUAUGUACAAGGUCCUACUUCAUUUGAAAGCUUGAAGGCCUUUGAUGGAGUCAUUCACGCGACUUUUAAAGCUACAUGUUUUGCUCUUGAGCUUUUAGAAAAUGACGAGCAAUGGAAAAAUACUCUAGCGGAGGCAACUCUUUCAGAAAGUCCUUCAAAAUUAAGAGAAUUAUUCGCAAUAAUCAUAGUUUUCUGCCAACCGUCUGAACCUCAAUCUUUGUGGGAACAGUUCAGAAAUGAUUUUUGUGAAGAUAUUCUUCAUACAGAGCGCACUCGAUUAAAUGACUUGCAAUUUACUUUUUCUGAUGAAAUAUUUAAUAGAGGUUUGAUUGAAAUAGAAGAUAAAGUUGUUUGUCUUUCUGAAAAAUAUUUAACUGAAUUUGGAAUGAACUCACCUGUUCGAAAUGAAAAUGCAUCUGAUCCUUUUGAAUUCUCAAUUUUGCGUUCUAACGAUAAUAACCGAUUACAAGAAUUUGUAGAAAUCAAUUUAUCAAAAUUAAAUACGUUUGUCCGAUUUGUAAAAAUGGCCCUCUUGGAAAAAUUCUUCAAGAAACCUCAUUCGUUGUGUGGGAUUAGUGUACAAUGA